AUGUCUGACGCUACAAUUGCUGCGGCAACUGAAGCUGCUGCUGCCGCCCCUAUUGCAAAUACUAAACCUCAAUCUUCAAAGAAGGCUAGUAAGAAGUCUAAGAAGCAAGACCAAUUUUUAUUAAAGACCCCAAAAGGUACUAAGGAUUGGGCUGAUAAAGACAUGGUUAUCAGAGAAGCAAUUUUUGGUACUUUAACUUCAUUAUUCAAGAGACACGGAGGUGUAACAAUAGAUACGCCAGUAUUUGAGUUAAGGGAGAUUUUAACUGGAAAGUACGGUGAAGACUCUAAAUUAAUAUAUAACUUAGAAGAUCAAGGUGGUGAAUUGACUUCAUUAAGAUAUGACUUAACUGUUCCAUUUGCAAGAUUUGUUGCCUGUAAUAGUAUUAGUAGUAUUAAGAGAUAUCACAUUGCUAAGGUCUAUAGAAGAGAUCAACCGGCUAUGACAAAGGGUAGAAUGAGAGAAUUCUACCAAUGUGAUUUCGAUGUGGCAGGUAAUUACGAUACAAUGGUCCCAGACUCAGAAGUCUUAACCCUUUUGUGUGAGGGUUUAACGAGUUUGGGUGUUAAAGAUUUUAAAAUUAAAUUGAAUCAUAGAAAAAUUUUAGACGGUAUCUUUCAGGCCUGUGGUGUUAAAGAUGAGGAUGUCAGAAAGAUUUCUUCUGCUGUUGACAAGUUAGAUAAAUCUCCAUGGGAAGCGGUAAAGAAAGAAAUGGUUGUUGAAAAGGGACAAUCUGAAGAAGUUGCUGACAGGAUUGGUAAUUUUGUUAAGUUGAACGGUUCGAUCAGAGACGUUUUACAAAUAUUACAAUCCAAUGAUUUAUUAAAAGAGAACGAAUCAGCUCAAAAGGGUAUUGAAGAAAUGAGUAUCUUAGCUGAUUAUGUUGAUGCAUUUGAAAUUGCCGGUUUCACAUCGUUUGAUUUAUCAUUAGCCAGAGGUUUGGAUUACUACACAGGUUUGAUUUAUGAAGCUGUUACAUCUGCAUCUGCUCCACCAACCAACGCCAGCGAAUUAAAGGAAAAGGCUCAGAAAGAAAAAACUGAAGUUGAAGAUGCUUCUGAAUACGUUGGUGUUGGAUCAAUCGCCGCCGGUGGUCGUUAUGAUAACUUAGUAGGUAUGUUUUCUAAUGGCAAAUCAAUUCCUUGCGUUGGUAUUUCUUUUGGUGUUGAGAGAAUCUUCUCCAUAAUCAAAGCAAGAGCUACCAAGGAGUUGGAAAAAAUCAGCUCAUCACAAACUCAAGUCUUUGUCAUGGCUUUCGGUGGUGGUGAAGGUUGGAACGGGUUUUUAAAGGAAAGAAUGGGCGUUACCAAUAAAUUAUGGUCAGCAGGUAUAAACACUGAAUACUUGUAUAAGAGUAAAGCUAAUAUUCGUAAACAAUUUGAUGCCGCAGAAAAGUCUGGAGCUCAAAUUGCUGUUAUUUUAGGAAAAGAAGAAUAUCCUCAAGGCCAAUUAAGAUUGAAAGUAUUAGGACAAGGUGACGAUAGUGAUCAAGGUGAAAUCAUUAAUGUUGAUGAUCUUGUUUCAGUAGUACAAGACAAGUUAUCUAGCUUGAAUAAAGAUGGAUUAGAUGAAAUUACCCGUUUGAUUAAAGGUUUGUAG